AUUCUUAUAUCUUGAUCGAUUGUGACGAUAAAUUUUGAAUGAUGACCAGUUAGAUGUUAGGAGUUCGGCAAUCCACAUUAGAUUAAUGUUCAUUCGUUUCAAUGCAUAUUGCCACCCACCAUAAUGUCGCUGAUUGUACCUUUUUGUACCCCGUAUAGCGAAAGGUUGUAAACUUUUCAUAGACGCGCCUGAAUAGAUUAUGAGCACAAAAGACAUAGUGAUGUACUAAAACAAACAACAAAACAGAUAACUUGAAGACAUAUCUAUAUCAGAGGAAUUGGUGGCCCAGAUAUUCAAGCAGGCCGCCAUACACUUUCCAUACACUCAAGAACCAAACACGAUAACGCAGAUGCGAAUAUAAGGAGUUAUUUGACCCUGACAAUUACUUACUUUUGAAUAUGCAACAACCCGGCGUAAGUAGUGUGGCUGCGAACGUAUUCAACCAAAUUGAUAGGAACAGAAAGGGAGCCAUAACUGCGAAUGAAUUGCAGCAGGCAUUAUCCAACGGAUUGGGGACAUCAUUCAAUAUCAAAACGGUUGAACUGAUGAUAUGUAUGUUUGACAAAGAUAUGAAUGGCACUAUAAAUGUCUAUGAAUUCUCUCAAUUAUUUGAGUACGUACAACAGUGGCAACAAUGUUUUCGAUCAUAUGACAGAGAUGGAUCCGGUACAAUCGACUGUCGAGAGUUUCAUACUGCUUUAACAAGCUUUGGUUAUCGAUUGUCUCCAGAAUUUUCACAAUUCUUAAUUAGAAAAUUCGAUAAAAAUCGCCGCGGAUCAGUAGGAUUUGAUAAUUUUAUCUUGGCAUGUGUUUGUUUAAAGAAUUUAACUGAUGUAUUCAGACCUUAUGAUUAUCAACGAAAUGGAAUGGCACAACUUAGUUAUGAACAAUUUUUAACUGCUGCAUUCAGUGUAGUUAGUUAAUUCAACAUUAUUAUUAAUGGUCAAAUAUUAUCAAUAUCCUAUUCUUUAAGAUUGUAAAGAUAAUAGUGCUUACUUAUUUAUAUUGAUCAAGUUAUUAUACUUGACCCAUAUUCUUGUUUAGAAACAAACAAACAUAAGUAUGGAAUAUUAUGUAAUUAUCUAAAUAACUUAUUGUGAAUAUACAGUAUAAUUGGAGACCAUAUCUGUCUGUCUCAUGUAAUUGUCUACAGUGAGGUUACUACUAUAACCAAUAUACUCACUUUUUUCAUUAAAAAAAACAACAACUAAAAUUGCAAUUACUUUGUUCUGUUCUAUGCGAAUAGUUUUUGUUUUCAGCAGGUAAUAAUAAUGAAUUUAUUGAACACACUAAAUAGAGGUCAGUGUUAGUGGUAUGCGACUCUAUUGUGCAUAAAAUCAAAUUAAUUGAAUAGGGGUUCAAGUCUAUCAUUUAUAAUUAAUAGUUGAGUAGUAGAAAGAUUUAUUAAAUAAGAUCAAGUGAAAAUAAAUCAAGUAUACAGCCUUUUGCAAGUACAGAAAGAACAAGUCAACAUGUUAAAACAGAAAUUAAUCAAUAGGAAUGGAAACUUCUUUGUUCACAACUCUGAACAGAGGAGUUUCAGGACGAAUAAAACAGAAAUUGCAAAUUCCUAAAUAGCAUUUUAUGAUAAAUAGUGUAUGGGAUCUGUUACUGAUACACAGUGUGCUACGUGCUAACCCCUCAACUGAAUACUUGGGCGAAUAAAAUACGCAAAUACCCAUCCGUACAUAUAUAUAUAUAUAUAUCACUGUAACCCUUAGGAAAUUUGUCUAUUUCUUAGCCAGUGAAAUGCCAUUAACCUUUAGGUCACUCCUGAUUGCCACCGAUGAUUUCUCGACAGGUCAUUUCUGAUUGACUUACCAAUAGAAUGUUAGUAAGUAAUUAUCAGGGGUUUAUUUGUAACUAUUUUUAAAUUACAAGCUGAUAGUCGUGAUUGGUGUCACAGAGGGAGAGAGCUUCUCAAAUUCAAGCAAUAUAUCAAGAGUAUAUUGUUAGUCAAGUGUUGGUAUGUGGACUCAAGUGUCAUUUUAAGAAAUCAGUUAUUCACUAACUAAUACAUACACACACACACACUAGUACUUAAUUCAAUCAGUACUAUCAUUCGAUAAUUAAAAAAUUUCAUACACAUAGUUCCCUUUAUCAUUUUGAAAAGAGCGAGAAUAAACAUUCUAGUAGAAUAGCAUGAAUUCAUUUUUAUUUCGUUGGUUCUCGUCACAGUUUAUUUACGAACCUCAUUCAAUUCAUUUGUUCAAGGGUUAGGGAAUACUCUUUAUUAAAUAAGUCAGAAAUUGAAAGAUUUAUUUAUUUAGAUUGAGUGUAAAUGACAAAUGACCAGUUAGUUAUAAUGUACUUGUUAGUAGCUCAGUGCUUUAUGUUCCUCUUUGUUAGUGUCCACUGUUAGGUAAAACGUGUUAUAACUUGUGGUCUGAGCGCCCUGCUAAUGUAUAACGUAAUGAUACCGCCAAUUAGAGAGCAAUGAAUUAUCGAUCGAACCAAUGGUGCAUAAAACCCGUACGAGCAAUCUGGAGUACUUAUCGGUCCUGCUUCCCGCCUAGCCUAGACCAGCCAGUUAAGUCCAGGACACCAAUUUCAGCCUCUGAAGUAUGAGUCGUUUAUUUUAAACAUACUGGGUUUAUAUACUAUCCAGACAGACUACAUCGUACCAUAAAAUGGAAAGUAACAUUUGUACAAGAUUUAGCCAAAUAUGGCUAUGAGUGUGGGAGAUUGUAAUUGAAAGACUAGGCAUAACUCAAGAAUGGUAAACCGUAUAAUAACAGUUCAUAGGUCAAAAUAAAGCUCAUAAUAAGAGCGGCAUGAAUAUGAAUAGUUUAGUUACAUAGCAAUUAUACGAUAAAAAUAUACGUAUAGUACUGGUCUCUAAAUGGAUCCAAAAAACUACUACUCAUCAUACUUAUCGUGGCAUAACAGAACUAAAAUAUAUAACUCAGUGAUUACUUAGAAGUAGUUGAUGUAUCGAUUUUGUAAAUCGUAUACUUACACUAAAUUAUUGAUUAAAUAGUACUAUCUGUCAACAUUCAAAUUUAUUUAUUGAUUUGGUGAAAUUUUAGUUGAUAUACAACUUUGUUCUUAUUGAUUAGUU